UCUCCCGCAUUGGAAAUGGGUGAAGGUGUCUAGGAGCUUCAGCAAAAUAUAAUUAUAAAAUAGAAGCAACUAUCCUAUAGGCUACAGCAUUCACGACAGACUCUCCAUGAAUGGAUUACUUUCAGAAACAGAGGUGUAAUGCAUCUUAAUCUCGGGUGGCAUCUCCUCCGGUGAUAAGGAUUUUAAGUUGAGUUUUCUAAAGGCAUGUUUGUUUAGGAGGUUUUGGCUUAUUUAUCCUCAAAGCACUGAGAGGAGGCACAGAUGAGAAGAGAAAAAAAGAAAACUCUACUGAGUUUGCGUGUGGUGGAACAUUGAUGGAAAUCCGUUAUAUCCAUUUAAUGAACUAGGACGCUCAUGCGCUCUAUGGUCAAAGGGAAUGGUCUGUAUUGAUGUAUUAAGUUUAGUGAUGGUUACCGUUCUCUUCCUCACUUAGUAACUUUAUACAUUGGCGAUUUCUGCGCUACAACUGGGACGGAUAUCUUAUUUAAGCACACACCACCUCUCCAAUCCAAAUGUCAAAGUGGGAUACUAAUGCAGCACUUGCUCUUUUGCUGUAAGUGAAAAUAAUUUGCGUAAAUAACAGCUCGAUCUAUAGAACAUGGGGCUUUCUCCGGCGGCUCUGCUCUAUGUCAUAGCGACCAUCCACCUCGGUGUCUCUCAGCAUUUUUUGCGUCUGCGCCCUUCGCCCAGCGAGCAUCUCCCAGUGCCCGGUCUUAAAGAGGACCCUGACCCAAAAUACGACCCGAGGAAACAGGACCUGGCCGAACGGACACUGAAGAGGAAACUCGGGAGAAACUUUGACCCUGUCUUCAUGUCAAUCAACAGCCCCCCUGUUGUAGAGAACCGGACUGCCCUUGAAGCACAGUCCAGACUAAUGGGACCUAUUCCCAACCAGCUGAAACAGCUGGACCGGGUGACAGCGGGCAAGAAAGCCCGUCGGAAGUUUUCACAGUGGUUGUGGGCAUACACACACUGCCCCGUGGGCUAUGUAUGGAAGGACUUGGGCGUGAGGUUCUGGCCGCGUUACGUCAAGGAGGGACAGUGUCUGAAUGAGCGCUCUUGUUCGUUCCCGGCGGGGAUGUUUUGCAUGCCCGACAAGUCAGUCACCAAGACAUUCCUCCGCUGGUACUGCCAGGGCUUUCUCAAAAAGAAAUACUGCAUGUGGAUACAGGUCCAAUACCCCAUCAUAUCCGAAUGCAAGUGUUCCUGUGUAGAAUAGGCCAUCUAACUCGGGGUAAAACUAUUUCCAUUCAACUUGAAUUAAACCCUCAUCAUACAAAAUCGGAUUUUAUUAAUUAAAAAGCUAAUAAAUUAACAUUGUUUCAGAUGUAAACAUUUAGCUACAAUAGCUUACAUCAAGUGUAAUAGGGGCAAUUUCAAUUGGAAUUGGAAAAUGGAACAUGUACAUGAACGUCUUCACAAAGUUGUCUUGACAAAGUUUGUGCGUUUCUUUGUUUUUUAUGUCUGGCACAGGAUGGAGAGUGUAUCACGUUAUAGGCUACUGUUAACAGUUUUUAUUUAUUUUAUUUAUUACCACAGCCAUUGUUAGUAUGAAACUAUG